CUUUAUUUCAACUGUGCGUCCACAAAUAUAAGUUAGGAUGCACACGUAACCUUCUGCUAGUUCUGGAUUGAUGUUUAGAGAGAAAUAAACGAAGUAGAAACCCAAGGCUUUGUAUGGAAGAACGCGAGGAGUUUUCAGCUUCUUGACCGUGGGAUUGAAUUUGAAGCUGGCUGACUCGAUUAAUAUUUCCCUUUCAGUGGAAGAAUGCUUUUACUAUGUGUGAGAAGUCGAUGUGCUGUGUAUUGAUAAGCGAGGGUUAAUGUGCUAACACUGUAGAGUGAAGUGGUGAAUAAUAAUAAUAAUAAUAAUAAUAAUAAUAAUCGUAAAAGUAGUAUUCUCUCGAGUCCUUGCUUUUUUUAUUUGAUAGCUGUGUGGAAGAAAGAUUGUCAAGUCUUUAUAAACUGUUAAUGUUCGUAUUUAUGAGUCUACAAAGUCUGAAAUGUAAGUUAAGUAGACAAUAACACUCAUUUCCAGCAGUGAGCUCUACACCGGGGCCAAAUACAUUUAAAUGGCGGACGCUAAUGGCACGUCUACCCCGACCCGUUUCUAUGGAAACCUCCACCCUGGCUCCGCCCCUUCGCUCGCCUGCCUAUAAAAGGCGGACGGCUGAGUCAAUAAAUGAAAACUUCACUCAGGAGUGAGGGGGGUACAGAGAGGAUUUGAUGCCAGAUGAGAACCAAAAGUCCAGGGUCUGGACCUGGAGCUGGAUCUAACUCCUCCUCUUUAGCCUAACCCUAACUCAUGAAAAACAACACACGUUUAAUACACUUCUCCAGUCUGAUACACACUCCAACCUCUGGGGCCGGUUGUACCAGUCGGAUGUACACCCGGUCGUAAGACUAUGCUGGAUGUAAAAUGCGCCUUAAGUCCUACGUAGAAUUAAUGUUGAACCUGGUGCACCAUCCAGCCGUAGCGCUACGUCUGAGACGUCUGAGACUUUAGACACACUCAUGAUUUAUUUAUUUUCCACAUUUUAGAAUAAUCUAAAAUGUAAAAUAAAUAAAUCAAAAAUAAUUGAGUAUUUUAGUCUCGUCAACGUAGACGCCCUUUUCCCUAGAAUUUCCAGAAAUGUAUUCUUGGCGUUUUCUCGACCGAUUUCUUGAGGAAUUUCCCUGAGACGCUUUUUAAACGGUAUUAAAGGAGUUCACACCGACGCCGGACGAUUAUCGGCUGCGUUCCCGAAUAUUUCGCUCCGAGUCGUCCGUUUAAAAAAAAAAAUUUAUUUUGGAAAUAAAAGGUUAGUUUUCGAAUGAAAGAAACGAAUACGUCGGCACGAUUAUAUUUUUUGUCUACGACACCGAUUUCAAACAUUUAAUCCUACACCUUCAGAUCAAAAGCCACCCUGAAAUGCAAUCACGGUUCAAUCACAGACAUUCCCCGUACAGAACACUCUGCAUUAAGUUCGUUGGUGGUAGCAUGGCAGGAGAAUUCCUAAAUGGGAAGGAUGCAAACUCUCUCCUCAAGCGUUUUCCACGGGCUAAUGGGUUCCUGGAGGAGUUUUGGCAGGGCAACAUCGAGAGGGAGUGCGUGGAGGAGAGCUGCAGCUUCGAGGAGGCCAACGAGGCGUUUGAGACCAAGGAGAAAACUAUGGAGUUCUGGAAGACGCGUAACUUGUACAUCGUGAACAACAACGCAGAAACGCGCUCAGGGCGUGCCGACACCGUGUACAUGGUGGUACCGCUGCUAGGUGUAGCCCUCCUCAUCAUCAUCGCGCUCUUCCUCAUCUGGCGCUGCCAGCUGCAGAAGGCCACGCGCCGGCGCCCAGCGUACACGCAGAACCGCUACCUGGCCAAUCGCAACACCCGCAGCCUUCCCAGAAUCCUCGUGCACCGCGACACCCCUUCGCAUACGGACAACCCGCACUUCAACGAGAGGCCCAGCAUGGUGCUCAGCGGAGGGGAAAGGGAAAGAGGGGGAGUCACUUCAGGGAGCCUGGACUGCACGUUGCAACCUCCGAAUGGACGCGGACUCUACGUGCAGGACUCGUCUAUGUCCGUCGCGUCACGGCUGUCAGGGGCCACGCCUCCUCCGUCUUACGAAGAAGUGACGGGCCACUUGGAGAGCAGCAGCGACGAGACCACCACCGCUUACAGCGACCCGCCACCCAAGUACGAGGAGAUUGUUAAAGAAAAGUGAGGGCGUGUGCGAGGUACGUGCAUAGGAAAGAACUUGUUCCGAGUGUGUUUCGGAUCCCAGAUUGCCACCCAGAGUUCCUGAGGGUGUGCAUGAGGCGCACUACCAAAUGAUUGUCGUCCUCAAUUUUUUUUUUUUUUUUUUUUUUUUUUUUUUAAAAAAGAGUCGAAUCUUCUGAACUUGCUUUUGUGGAUGGGACGCAUGUGUCGAUUUUUUUUUUCCGCACUCUUCCGCAACCAGCUGCUCACCGCACAGCUACACCUCACUCCGUCGUCAACAUCUUUCCUGAUAUUCAGUGCUUUUUUAACGAACCGAGCCUGCAGUGUUGUCAAAUGAAGCGAGAAAAAGAGACGAGGUGUUUUUUUUGUUUGUUUUUUUUCCCUCCAUCUUGUUUACUUUGUACAAAAUGAGGUGGAGCUUGCAAAAAGCGAACAAGAGCGUUCGUACAAAGAGAGAACCUUUUUUUUUUGUUGUUGGACAAAAUGGAGAAUCUAGUGUUGAAUCAAAUGUAAUCAAAUAUGUGUGUGCCAUAUUCCACAUGUAUGUUGCUACUAGAGUGAUUAACUAGGAAGUGUUGCCAACGCCCACGUUAUUAUAAACCUGCUUUACGAAUAUUAUGUAAAAAUUACUACAAUAUCGCAUCAGAAAAGGAAAAGAGCAGGUGAGUUUAAAAUAAUAUGCAAAUAAUACGACACGUGACGGCAUUAGAAAGAUUUGUAAAUUGUUCUUGGCUAGAAGCGCGUGCACGUCUAACUCUCCCAAUCUGCAUACCAAAAUCAACACACGCCUUAAACACGUGGGACUAAAAGUCAAUCAGUCAGUCUGUUCUGUGGUUAACUAGCUGCCAGUGAUUUCACCAAUAUAAUGAGGGUUUACUCUCAGUACUGUGCUCUCUCUUUAUCUCUCUCUCUCACACACACACACACACACACACACACACACACAAUUCCAAGACACUACUUGUCUGUGCCGAAUAUGUAGUGGUGGCUCGUCCAUAGGGGCAGGUAGGGCAGAGCGUCAAUGUGUGUGUGUGUGUGUGUGUGUGUGUCUAUAUAUAUGUGUGUGUGUAAUAUAUAUAUAAGGUACUAAUCACCUUUUUUGAGUGACUCACAAUUUGAAAAAAUGUUGCUAUUUGACAGAUAUACGCAAAUGUUCCACCGAUUUGUCCACCUUUCUAGAUGCCCCAUCUAGCGCCAUAGUUAUUACUGCACCUAGUGGUCAAAAUGGGAACUGCAACAAUUGCUAAUAAAUAGAGGACCAUCGGGACAGGAAUGAUUUUAUUGGAGACGGAGCAUUGGACUGAAAGAGUUAAUGACAUGGUUGCCAGGGGCAUGGUUUUUACGCCAGAUUGGGGUUGAAUACUUCACGGCCGAAAGGAUCCUGUUUUAUAGCAAACCAUUAGAAUGAAAUAUAAUACAUUUAUACAGAAAAGGCAAUCCUGUCAUUAACUGUUAACUGUCAUUAACCCUAACCCUCACCCGUGCAAUGCUCCUCCAACAAUAAAAAUUUUCAUUUUCAGCAUGGGGCAUCAUCAUCAUUCCUGCCCCAGUGGCCCUCUGUUUAUUAGCGAUUGUUGCAGUUCCCUUUUUGACCACUAGGGAAUGCAAUGCAAUAUCAUUGUGUAAGUGUAAAAGUGGAAGUGCAGACUAGGCUGUGAUGUACAGAACCAUUUCUGUUGUAAGAUAUAUUGAAACGAUUGGGAGGGUGAAAGCGGGGUAACGGAGUGGCUAACGUCCGUACAUCAGAAAUGCGUGUGCGCCACGGUGACAUUGUUUCUCACACAAAGGCUGAGAAACAAGAAAGAAAAUGUGUCUCCUUUUUCCGGUGUCCAUGUUUUUUGGCUAGUUUCUGGGCUUUUGAGUGGUUUUUUGAGAUGGAAAUAGCGCUGAAACCGUGGUUAAUGAUAUUACAUGAAACACAGUUAUGUCUAAAACCACUCAAAACAAGCUGUUAGACUGUACGCCGGAUGACCGUACGCCGACGUCGAUACUCAGCCGCCUGUUACGGACGACUUCUAAAAAUUCACUAGAUUGUAACCUAUAGCAUAAGUCGAGUGUAAUCGCCUCUCGACUUCAUUCUGUUUGAGGCUGUGUCAUUAUUAUUAUUAUUAUUAUUAUUAUUAAUGUCGUUCUGCCCCACCGAAAUCUAUGGUCACGAGCCACUGCUGCGAAUAAAAAAAAACAAAAAAAAAAACAAACAAACACGUAAUAUACAGAUAGCACAAUUACUGAAUAACCUAACAUUCCAGAUCCCUAAAGAUUCUUCCCCCCUUUUCCUCCCUCCGCUCUGACUGUUUACAGCUUUUACUACUCUUUUUUAUAACCGCAUAAACAAACUGUGUGACAUUUGUAAAAAAAAAAAAAAAAAAAAAGAAAAGAAAAAAAAGUGUUACGUUGCUUUUGACUUCACCAAGUGCUAUAAUGUUGUAUUUUGUAUGAUGCUGCUUGUCUUCACGUCGUUUCAUUUCUCACAAAACUAUUUAGGACUCUGAACGAGUCUGAACAAGUCUCUAAACUGCCCGACUGAAAUAGUCUUUUUUUUUUCUUUUCCAGCUCAGGUUUAAGCCGAUCAACUGCCACCUUUGCAGGAAAUAGUGUGUGUGUGUGUGUGUGUGUGUGUGUGUGUGUGUGUGUGUGUGUGUGUGUGUGUGUGUAAAUAUAUAUAUACGUAUACUUUUUCACUGCCAGUACCAAACCUAAUGAUUGUGCACAAUGUAUUAUCACAUGGAAAGGAGUAUCGUAACAGAUUUAAGAGCAGUUUAGCACAGCUAUUAUCAGAUGAUGUAGCGUUUCAUGUUCAUCACUGUAUGUCCAGCCGAGUAGGUUGAUGGUGAGCUGUCGUUCGAGUGCAUCGGCAGGACUCCCAAUCCAAAGAGUUUGAGAAAGAAGCCUUUGGUGUACACUCUCUAUAGUAAGAAAACUGCGUUUGGUUGACGCUUUUUAUCCAAAGCAACUUUAUAUAAGGUUUGUUUGGUUUUUUUAAGUGUAGAGUUGAGAUCCGGGUAUGUUGCGUUCCUUCGCUUUUGGUUUUUUUAUUUUAUUUUGUUUGGUUUCCCCCCCCCAGGAAAUUAAUUCACCUUGUCUGCAUUUCAUUUUCUCUCCAACUUGGUUACCUGUCUAGGGCAUGCUGCUCAUGCUAUGUCACAUGGCAGCGUAACACAUUCUGAGGAAAUCCAUAUACAUGAGCUCAUAGACACCUGGCUAGGUGAUUGGCUUGUGUCACUGUGAUUGACAGGGGAGAGAGAGCGUGUAUGCCCAUGCCACCCAGAGAGCAUGGCCAGUUUUUCUCUCUUGGACUCCCGGCCAUCGAGGGCUAUGGCGUUGUCGGGAUUCGAACUCGCCAGAACGCUGUUCUGUUUGUGCCGCUUGGGAGCCCUUAAAAUGAUUAUUUUUUUCACAAAUAAAAUAUUGACUUGUUUUCAGUUGUUUCCACUUGUUUCACCACACAAAGUCCAGAAGUCAAAUACGCAUGAAUCCAAAUAUUUAACAAAAAAAAAAAAAUGGCCAAAGCUGACCUGGAAGUACAAGUUGGAUAUUCCAUACGCUCUUUUCUUUGGUCACAAUGUACUGUGUGUCCUUCAUUUUUAAUUUUUUUAAUGAAUCAAUUUAAAUUAAUUAAUUUAUUUUUAAAUGCUGUCCUCCUUCUCGGUCACCCUCUCGCUAUCUUUAAAAAAAAAAAAAAAAAAAGCACAUAGUGAUCCAUAUUUAGUCCAUCAGGCACGAACGGCAAUCUUUAAUCUAAACUUUUUGCUACUAGCUACCCAGUAAUUGCUGCUAGACAUCGGGUUGGUCGUUCGUUUGUUAGUCAAGAUUGUUAUUUUUAACCCCGAAAUGAUAUUUAUCGUCUUUAAAAUCCAAAAACGUCUCAUUUUGAUCAUCUUGUUUGUUCGAAUUCGAAAUGAAAAAAAAAAACGCAACGACGAACGCGACGUACACCGAUCAGCUGAGCGCAGGCUUUCUCGUUACCUUCUAUUUUGGAUUCCAACAAUCCUGGGAUUUGAACUUGGAUGCAAAUCUAGAUCAACAGAUCCAGAUCACAACGCUGAACAGGACACUUGAAUGAUUAUAGGAAAGUGGCUAAACUGGGUUGAAUGCAUGAGGUGGAUACUAUACGUGUAAGGAAAUAGGAAAAUUCAGCCUGUGAAGUUUGGGGGCGGAGCUUAAAUGACCAUGCCGUGCCCUUUCUCAUUUUUUUUUUUUUUUUUGAGCGCAGUAGAUGUGGGGAUCGGCUUCAUAAAAGCCUUUCUGAAACCGACGACGCCUCGGUGACUGCGUAGAGUGUUCGUGACGGUUGGAAUGUCCGAUCCGAGAUCGGUUUUGUGAUUCUGCUGUUUAGAGUUUGACGAGUGAAUGGACAGAGAUAUGGAGCUCGGAAGCUGAAAACAGUAUUUAAAUAUGAAUUACGUAAAUAUUGGGCAAAUUGUUAUGUUCUAUUCAAAAAAAAAACAACCCAGGUUUUCUAAAGUGAACUUAAACUCUUGUCCAAGCGUAACUAUUUAGGUAACGUUAUCACCAGUUGCUAUGCUAACGUUAGCUUGCUGGCAAUUGUUAGCAUCUAACAGCCAAAGUGACCUGUUUAUUAAUAGCAGUUUAGUUAUUUCAGUACAACAGAAAAACGUUAGAUGUGUUACCUCAUUGUGGUUCUUAUCAUCCGUUUGCCACGUCUCUUCACUUCACUUCAAGGACGUAAGAGCGGCAGACGACUGACAUCGGCUAAACGUUGAAUACGAUCACUCUUUGAUGCAUCACUUUAGUCCUAAUUUACAUUUAAAAAAAAAAAAAAAAAUUUUUUUUAAUCUUUACAUUUGUAUAUAGGGUUCUGAUUUUUUUUUUCUUUUUAAAACCUCAAAAUCAUAACCUGUCAUUUUAAAUAUGUUUUCACAUGUUAACCUUUUACUAGCAUUUACUCACAGGAAGACAAGAAUUUCAAUUGAAUGUGAUAUAAUUAAAAAAUACUUUUGUCAGCUUCUAACCUUUUGUACAUGUGGAUGAUCGUUUAAAAAGAAACUUUAAGGUUAAAGUGUUUCGUUAGGGGUUGUGAUGAAAGUUCCACACAGUUAUAUCAGUUUCUAAUUAGACCACUUGUGUUUGUUAGAGAAUGGAAGAAAGUGUGGGGUUGAACGUCCGUGUGUGUGUGUGUGUGUUUCAUUCCUUCAUUCGUUCCUUCCCACUUACCCGUCUACAAUGUGCCACCAGAGCCACAUGAUUUGUUUACACGUGUCGUGUCACGUGCGAAUUUACGUGCACGUUCGUUCUUCUGCUCAGCUUGACUGCAUGACGCUUGUUUUAUAUUGUUCAAACCAAUGUCUUACUUUUUAGGACGUCAAAAUGAUGUCUUAUCUUUUUUUUUUUACUAAGGCUCUAGAUAUCUAUUGUACGUUUAUGUGCUGGUUAAAUCUAUUUAAACGUAUUGGUUUUGUUUGUUUGUUUGUUUGUUUGUUUGUUUUUUUAAAUCAACAUAAACGCUGUUGAAAUUGCAAUACCUGUUUGUGUCAUAUGAUCAAAUUAUACAUCCGUGUGUGUGUGUGUGUGUGUGUGUGUGAAAGUGUAUAAAACAUGUACAGCGUA